UGCUGCUCCGGGGUUUGUGAAAGCACGGAGCGCUGUGAUCAGGCUGUGAUGAGCCUGCACACUAUCUAAACUGCUUCCUCACUGCAACAACGGCUAACGUUACUCUCUGAAGCAAAAUCUGGAGACCCCUCCGCUUCCCGCUGUAUAGGACCUUUUUAGAGGACAUUUGGAAGAGCGGAGCAGUGGCAGCAGCAGCAACAGCAUCAUCUUCUUCAACUGGGUUAGGGGCAAAGGACGAACUCCACAUCUAAUAGUAUCUGUAUUCAGUGUGUGCGCACCAUGGCGUCUAAACCUCACCCUCCUCUGAUGAAGAAGCAUAGCCAGACAGACCUGAUAAGCCGCCUGAAGAGCAGGAAGAUCCUUGGAGUCGGCGGCGAGGAUGAUGAUGGCGAAGUGCACCGCUCAAAGAUCAGUCAGAUGCUCGGAAAUGAGAUGAAGUUUGCAGUGCGAGAGCCUAUCGGGCUGAGGGUAUGGAUACUCAUCUCUGCAGUGGGUUUCACAGUUAUGGCCGUGAUGGCCCUCGUGUUUCCCAACCAGCUAUAUGAGGUUGUUUUUGAGGAAGAGCUCUCCACGACUAGCAUUUCCAUUCGCCUUUAUGGAGGAGCACUGCUUAGCCUGGCCCUCAUCAUGUGGAAUGGUCUCUACACAGCAGAAAAGAUCGUCAUCCAGUGGACUCUGCUCAGUGAAGCCUGCUACUUUGCUGUUCAGUUUCUUGUGACGUCCAUCACCUUAAUGGAGAUCGGCAUCCUGCCCAAUGCUGCCAUGCUCCUGCUCCUCAGUCGGGUGCUCUUCCUGGUGGUCACAAUGUCCUACUACUACCACCUGGGCCGUAAGCUGAAGAAGAUCUGAGCUGACUGGUUGAUACUUCCAGGGAGGGGACAGCUGAGCACAGAUCACAAACAAGGGCUCAGACGGUUUGGAAAAGUAUUUGAUUGGGGCUUGGUUGGAGCAUUACUCUGCCAGUGGAUGCCCCCUGCCCCCUUCCAUAGGACCUAGCCUAUUGUAACCCCCAGUAUUCGACAGAUGAGCCCAGUCUCACAUUCCAGACUCUAUAACUAGAAUGAAAAACCUCAUAGUGAAAGUGAAUUACUCUGUCACUGGGCUGUGAGUUCAAGACCCUCUUGACACAACUUUUUUUCUUUUGCAGUUCUGAGUGCUGUAAUUACAAAGAAGGAAAUAGCAGUUUGUAGUGCAUUGCGUUCUUUUGUCUCAUAGUUAUGAUUUAAUUUGUACAGUACAUCUGACUAAGUUGUUCAUGUAUAGCCACGUGAUUUCCAGAAUCAGUAUUUAGUGUUAUCUAAAGUUGCAUCUUGACACCGCUUCUUAAUCACGCUCAAGGACCAAAAGUUUGUGCUCUAAUUUGUUUCCUGUUUGAUGCUAUCGAUGUUAAGUGCAGCCUGAAUACAUGUGCUCUUGCAUGCUU